AUGGAGUCUUCUUCAUCUUCAUCAGUUAUAACUCCGGAAGACGUGUUGGAGUCGUUGAUGAACGACGGUACGAUCGAUGCCAUCCGGUUGAAGAUUAUCACUCAGCUCAAAGCCAACGAGGAGCUGAAGAACACCACCAUUAAGAUGGUGGAGCAGAGUAAGGUUCUUAAUACUCCUGGGGCGGAGAAACAGACCAAAAGAGAGCUGUUUGACUCUCUUCGACAAGAACUCGAAACUUCAGUGCUUGAGAAAGCCUCAAAGUCAGUUUGGGAGCUGAUUUUGGACAACAAUGGGCUGGGGAAGGAAAUAAAUGAAACAGUGGAGAAAGUAUUUUGUCGAUUGAGUGGCCGGGAACCUCCCUUAUUUCCUCCAAAUGUUGAAUCCAAAUCAGAGAAAGAGAAACAGGACAGCGAGAAUGGCAAAGGAAAAGAAAAGGAAUUUGAAAAGGAGAAUUCGAACUGUAGAUCGAAGAAAAGGAAGUUUGCACCGAUGAAUGUGGAAGAGGGUUCAGAUGAAGUUGCAAGCAGGUCCAGCAAUACUCCAGCUGAUUUUAGCAAAUUGCCUCAGCCAAGUGUGACAAAUUAA